AUGCUCCUAGAUCCGACUUCCGAAAGUCUGCCUAAACGCAGUGCUCUACCAUCGAUUGAAGGCGCUCCAGCUGGAGCUGCCUGGUUCUGGGGAAAGGAUGAUGAGUUAGGACGUUUGAAUCUUCUCACACCGGAGCGUGUUGCGGCCGCGGCCAGAAUGAUAAAGAGCGGAGAAGUGGUCAAUCUAGAUUGGAGGGCCGACUUACCCAAUCCUCCUGUGUUUGGUAGAGAACCAUUCAAGCAUACUAUCAAACAAGUCACCGAUCAGGUGUUUGACGAUCUUUACGACAUGAACACACAGAGUGGGUCACAGUGGGACGGUUUCCGUCACGUUGGACAUGCCCAUGGUGGAGGGUUCAUCUUCUACAACAACUUGAGCCCAGAAGAAAUCAAAAAUUCUUCACGUUGCGGUGUUGAUGCUUGGGCUAACCAUGGCAUAGUCGGCCGGGGUGUAUUGAUAGAUCAUUGGGAUCAUGCCAAGGGGAAUAAGUACGACCCAAACACGACACAUCGGAUCACACUCGAAGAUAUUCGUGCCUGUGCGGAAAAACAAGGAAUCACAUUUCAAUAUGGUGAUAUCCUCAUGAUUCGAUCUGGUUGGGUCGAUACCUACAAUAAGAUGAAUGAUUCCCAACGCACCGCUCUUGGGAACAUCCCUCCUGCGGAGUGCACAUUUGUAGGGAUUGAACAGACGGAAGAAAUGAUCGACUUUUUGCACGACAACUACUUCAGCGCCGUGGCCGGCGACGCCCCUGCCUUCGAAGCCUGGCCGACCAAUCAAUCUUGGUUUCACCACCAGUACCUGUUGUCCCUCUGGGGUGCUCCCAUCGGUGAAAUGUGGGAUCUGGAAAAACUGUCAGAGGUUUGCAAAAAACGAAAUCAAUACACUUUUUUCUUUUCUAGCAGCCCGGCCAAUGUCAAAGCGGGCUUGGUCAUCGUAGAGGACGUGGUCAAAUAG